CGUGCAUCUCGCCCUCGCGUGUUGCGUAUGAGAGAAUCCAUCGCGUCCAGCACGCGUAGGCAGCCGGUGCUGGAGUAUAAACACUCGUGGGACACGCGCAGCUCCUCAGUCGCAGUCGACUCGAGCACCAGAGCUGACCGUCAGCGCAGAUAGCAGGCACCCGCUCAGGCUAACUCGCGUUCGGUUUGGAUUUUGGGAUGGAAACUCGUGCGGCUGCGCGGAGCUCUCGCGCCCCCAACACUCUUACCUUUAAGAGUGGUUUGUCUCUCUGGUUGGUGGUGUGGCUGUUGGCAUGUCGCUGUGCACCGGGUCAGGCAUGUCCCAGGCUGUGUGUAUGCUACCAUACGCCCAUGACUGUCAGCUGCCAGUCUCAGAACUACACAGCUGUCCCUGCUGGUGUGCCUUAUGACUCCCAGCGUGUCUUCUUGCAGAACAACCGCAUCAUUGAGCUCAGAGCUGACUCUUUUGGUUUCGAGACACAGGUCCUGUGGUUAUACUCCAAUAACAUCUCAUGGAUCGAAGCAGGUGCGUUCAGUAAUCUGCGUGUACUGGAGGAGCUAGAUUUGAGUGACAACCCAUCUCUACGCAGACUGGAUGGAGGCACAUUUAGAGGGCUGGAGCGACUACAAAGUCUUCACAUGCACCGUUGUCGCCUAACCGAGCUGCCCGCCGACCUCUUCCACAAGCUCUACAGCCUUCAGUUCCUCUACCUGCAGGAAAACCAACUCACCCACCUCGCUGAUGGCCUCUUCUCUGACCUGGUCAAUCUCACCCAUCUUUUCUUGCAUGGCAACCGCAUUCGAGCUCUGUCUGAAAAUGCCUUCCGUGGCCUGGUGAAUCUCGACCGUCUCCUGCUGCACGACAACCGCAUCCGUCAGGUCCAUCGGCGAGCAUUCCGUGACCUGGGCCGAUUGACCAUCCUCUAUCUGUUCAACAACUCUCUGCAGGAGCUUCCAGGCCAGGUGCUGAAAGACACAUCGUCGGUGCAGUUUCUCAGACUCAAUGGCAACCCCUGGACCUGUGGCUGUGAAGCCAGGUCGCUCUGGGAGUGGUUCCGCAAAGCUCGGAUUUCCAGCUCAGACCUAACCUGCAUGACACCAGCCCCCCGUAAGGGCCAGGACCUGAGGUUCUUGCGGGAACUGGACUUUGCCCUCUGCCCACUGCCUGACCCAGGAUCCCUGGCUGGCACUACAACCACCACCUUCAGCACCAAAACACGCUGGUGGUUCUCUAAGAACAAACCAGCAUCGUCAUCUAAGAACCUCUUUCACAAGAGUACGGAGACACUGAAGGCCUUUCCGUUCACCUCUGUCAAGCAUUCCUCAUCUUCAUCUUCCUCGUCCUCCAAGUACGAUCUCACGGCGGAUGAGGCCGCAUUACCCAAGUUGGAGCCCGAAGAGUACUGGGCGAACUACGGCAAUGAGGAUGCAGCCUCAGUCCGCUGUUUUGAGCUCGAGUGUCCACCCGAUGUUGAGUCUCCUGUUCUCUCAUCUUCAACUUCUCUUUGGUCCUUCUUCUCAAUCACAGCAUUGACUCUUUCUUUCCAUCUGCUCUUCAGCUGAGUUUUCCUUCUCUAAUUCCUCCUCCACUUCUGUUACACUACAUUUCUCCUGCGAUGGGGCUGAUGCUGACAGACGCAUAGAAGCAGCCAUGCAGAAAAAGGAGACAAGACUGUCACGUAACAAGUCUCAUGCUGUAACACUCUCUCGCACACAAGCACAUGCACACAUCCAUGGUGCAGGCCAUACAAAAAAGACAGGGCUAUUGCAUGCAAGCACUCCCAGCAGACUUUGCACCACCAACUCAAGUCAUGUCCUUCUCUAAAAUCAGAGAACAGGACAAGCAGAGGGUAAACAAGACAGAAAGAGAAUGAGAAAUAAAGGUGGUCUGGGAAAUGAAACUUGAGAGAAGCAAAUGUCACUCAACUGUCGUAGAGGGUGGGAAAAAGUCUCUACACAGAGAGUUCAAGCUCUCAUACCAGCAAAUGAGACCAUGGAAAUAAUGAUUGGUCAUAAUAUCCAUUCUAAACUGGAACACAAGACAGGUUUUUUCACCAAGAGACAGAACAUGCUAUAGACACUAGAUUAGAGAGUAGAUUUAUUUUUGUUUUUGGUGAUUGUUGGCUAUUAUCUAUAGAAUAAAGAACGUAAAUUAAACUACACCAGACAUAGUAACACAUACAGUACGGUGGCUCCAAAAAGCAUUUGGGCACAUAAGUCACUCUUACAGAUGUAUGAAUGUCAUUGCAUUAGAAAAAAAAAAUGCAUUUUAAAGAAAGCUAGCACAAACACACUAUUCAAGCAAAAAAUUUUACAAAAAUAUGUUUUUCAUGUUGAAAAAUGAUUAAAAAAAAAAAAAAAAAAAGAUAUUACUGUUGAAAAUUAAAAACAAGUAUUUGGACAUUUUACGGUUGUCAAACCUUUGCAUAACACGUCCAUAGCAGUUGGGAAAAUGGCCGAGAAAAGUGACGUUAGUUCUGAGAAAAUGCUCUAGAAUCAUUUGUUUGCAGAUGCCACUUGGAUUGAUAUUUUUUAAUCUAAUGUUAUGAAAUUCAUUCAUUUCUUAGAGUGGCUUGAGUGUCAAAAUAAUUUUUGGGGCGACUAUAAAUUAUAGGGCCAACAGAUUCCUGAAAAAUAUAACUAAUGGAAGGGAAAAUGAGCCAAAAAAAUGAGUCAACGUCACUUUAAUGUUUUUCAUUUGUAGUGUUUCGUGUUAAUCAUUGAGACUAAUGUCUGUGUUAAGUUCUUUGGGUUGUGUUAGUUAAUCUGAGUUGUGCCAGGUACUUUGGGUGUCAAGUAAAGUUAGGGCAGGAAGUCAAUGUUUAAUUCAACCUGAAGUACUUAGGAACUGCUUGAGGUGACAGAUAUGUGUUUUCCGUGUCUGUAAGAUAUCCCACUGUCUUUCUCUCUGAGCAAGUGUUCAGUUGUGUACAGAAUGAAAUUGUAAACAGGAUUAUGGUUUCUGUCUAAAAACUUGUAAAUAAAGCACCAUUAAUAAA